CCACGCGCUACUUCUCUUUCGGCCUCUGUCUUCUCCUAUGCGCCUAGUCGCUCCCUCGCCCGCCAGACACCGUCGCUAGUCGCCACCGCCUCGCCGGCUUCAUCUUCAAGUUUCAACCGUGGUCGCCAGCUGCCCAGAUCCGUCUUCAACCGUGAACAGUCGCUCGCCGGUUCCGUCUUCACUCUCAGGCCUUAGCUGUAGUGGGUUGAAAUGAUUGGUGGUGCUGGUGUUCGACUCAAGGGAUGGCAGCAGGCUGCAGUGGCACUUGGUUCAGCAGUGGGUGCAUUGUUGGACCCUCGAAGAGCUGACCUUAUUGCGGCUUUGGGGGAGACUACUGGAAAACCUGCUUUCGAAAGGGUUCUGCAAAGGAUGAAGAAUAGUCCCGAGGGCAGGGCAAUCUUGUUGGAGCGGCCUCGGGUAAUUUCUUCCAAAGUGGGCCAUGCGUGGGAUCUACCCGACAACACAUUUGGAGCUGCGUACGCCAAGUUUAUGGGAUCUCGGAACUUCUCUCCCGAUGAUCGGCCGCCUGUCCGGUUUAUGGAAACCGAAGAGUUAGCGUACGUGGCCAUGCGUGCCCGUGAGGUUCACGACUUCUGGCACACCCUCUUCGGUCUUCCUACCAACUUGAUCGGAGAAACAGCGCUUAAGGUUAUUGAGUUUGAACAAAUGAUGCUCCCGAUGUGUAUGAUGUCCGUGGUAGGGGGUACGGCAAGAUUCAGCGAGAAACAAAGGCGACUGUUCUAUCAGCAUUACUUCCCGUGGGCUACGAAGGCGGGUUUAAGAUGCAGUGACUUGAUGUGUGUAUAUUACGAGCAACACUUUAGCGAGGAUUUGGAGGAUUUUCGCCAGAGAUUGGGGAUUAUUCCAGCCCCUCCCCCUCCUAGACCAAACUAUAUGUGAAUUCUUGAAAAUGAGGGUUCAAUAUAAUCUUGCCUUAAUAUACUUUAAAGUA